CCUCCUCACACCGCGCCGGAACGUCUCCGAGUGCAUUACACAGCGGCUACUCGUAGCUUAAGAAGGCUGUUCUAAACCCGUUCACCAUGUCCGCGGUCGAAGUCACCAAGAAGAAGAAAGGCAAGGGCAACGACGGCAUCAACAACCGUCUGCAGAUCGUCAUGCGCUCAGGCAAAUACUCCCUGGGGUACAAGACCACGCUCAAGACGCUCCGCAGCGGCAAGUCCAAGCUCGUCAUCAUCUCGAACAACUGCCCGCCGCUGCGCAAGUCGGAGAUCGAGUACUACGCGAUGCUCGCCAAGACGGGCGUGCACCACUACGCUGGAAACAACGUCGACCUGGGCACGUCCUGCGGUCGCUACUACCGCGUCUCGUGCAUGUCCAUCACGGACCCGGGCGACUCCGACAUCAUCAAGGCGAUGCCGGAGGCGUAAGCGAGCUUCUCUUCUUUCGACCGCCGGCGGGGCGAGCGACUUCUCUCGAAUUUCAGACGGCUCUUCGGGGUAGAAAUAAUCGAAGAGGCGUUCGCCUCGUCGCGCGACGUGGAACAUGGAACGGGCGCGUGGACUCGCGCGCGGUGGGCACGACGCGACUCGAACGAACGAACGAAUUUCAGAUGGCUCUACGGGGUAGAAAACGUUCGUUUUCGUUUAGGUUGUAAUCGCACCGCACAAGAAUCACGCGUUUAUUACCUCGUCUCU